UGCUAAUGAGAGGAGGCCACGCCCCCUGGCGCCGCGGGCCGCGCUUUUGUCCGGCGGGGCCGGGCCGGGGGUGGAUCGGGAUCGGGAUCGGGACCGGGACCGGGACCGGGACCGGGAUCGGGAUCAGAACCGGGACCAGAACCGGGACCGAGAUCUGGAUCAGAACCGGAGCCGCCCAGCGCCGGCCGAGGAGGCGCCGGCCGGGCCCUCCCUACAGGACGCGGCGGCGAUGCUGUGACCUACAUUCGCGACAAGGAGGUCCCCAGCCCGCCGCCACCGCCGCCGGGCCAUGAAGCGACACAAGUGACGGGCCCGUGGCCAUGGCCAGCCCGGCACCAUGGCUGCGCUGGACACAAACAGAGCUGCCGCGCCCGCAGGCCGAGCAGGAGGAGGAGGAGGAGGAGGAGGAAGACGACUUUGAAAAGCGGAUGGACGAGGAUGGGGUCAUCGGCCUGGGGGAGGGUGCCAGGAGCCCACCGUGGGGUGACAGUGAGGACCUGGAGGAGGGGUCCCCGGCAGAGGAGGGGAGCUGGCACCCGCGGCAGGACCCGGCCGAGGAGGAUGAGGAGCGGGGCAGCUCCGGGGGGGACGAGGGGACCUGGGGGGUGGAGAGCGAUGGGGAGCCCUACCCCGAGCUGUCCUCGAGGGGCCGCUGGGGCUCGGGCUCCAGCGGCAGCCCCGAGGCUUUGAGGGACAGCCGGGCUCUCUGCCAGCCCCAGGGCUGCAGCACGGACGGGGGGGACACCUCGGGGCUGUCGGACACCAGCCCUGGCCCUGCCACCCCGUCCCGCCAGCCCCGGGGCUGGGGCACGGCCGGGGACACCAUCGGGGGGCACAGGCAGGAAUGGACCCCAAGACGGAGCCUCCCCCUGCACCUCUCCACCGCUGACCCCAGCCCCGAGCGUGUCCCCGAGCCCCAGAAAGCUGGCACAGGGAUGCCAGCCCCCGGUACCGCUGGCUUGGCACCCCCCGGGCACCCCCAGGGCGCCGGGAAUCCUUCGGCACUCCAAGGGCACGACAGAUCCCGAGUGCCCAAGAAAGCAGCGCCCGCGGUGGUGCCCCCCAAGCCCACCCGGCAGUCGCGGUCCCUGAGCCCCCGGAGGCGAACGGGCGGCAAGGGGACGAGGAAUCCCUCGGGAACGGGCACCGAGGGCACCCAGUACGGCCGAGGGCGCCUCAACCACCCCCUGCCCGACCUCUCCAAGGUGGAGGCGCGGGUGAAGUUCGACCAGAGCUAUCGCCCACCCCGGGGCCGGGUGCUGCCCGCCCGCCCCCGCGGUCCCGGCGGCCCCAUCGGUUUCAAAUCCCCGGCAGAAAUCGUCCGGGAGGUGCUGCUGAGCAGCGGGGAGGGGGUGUCCCCGCAGCCCCCCAGCACGGCCGGGCUGCCGCAGGAGUUCAGGUCGCCCAGACAAGCCACGGCGCUGGUGCAGCAGCUGCAGGACGAUUACCACAAGCUGCUGACCAAGUACGCCGAGGCUGAGAACACCAUCGACCAGCUGCGCCUGGGCGCCAGGGUGAGCCUGUUCUCCGAGCCGCCGCAGCCCAGCCGCAGCCUCGCCGUGGGCACCGUGGCCACCGGGAGCCGAGUGAUGACCCUCAGCAUCCCGCAGGCACGGACAGCGGCUUUCGGCACGGCCACAGCCCCGGCCUCGCCAAAUGCAGCCCCGGGACCGUCAGAGCCGGAGGGUUCACCCCAACCUCGCUCCCCUCCUGUGCCCGGGGGGGGCUGCCCCACCUGCCCCACCUGCCCCGGGCCGUGCUGCUGCCCCGGGCCCCGGCUCACCCGGGCACUGGCGGGGCAGAGCCGCAGGCUGCAGGCACAGGUGGAAGCUUUCGAAAGCUGGACGCGUGCAGGGACCCUCCCAGCCCCGGAGCAGCUCCAGAGGAUGAGGAUGCUGAAGGACGCGCAGGAUGCGCUGGAGCGGGAAUACCUGCGGGGCCGGCAGCAGCUCCCGGAGGCUGCGGGGGGGUUCGAUCCUGACCGGGCGGUGGAAGGGGAGAUUUACCACCUGGGGCUGCGCCUGGAGGGGCUGAAGGAGCGGCUGGAGCCGGGGGACAGGCGGCAGCCCCUCGCUCAGCCCCCCCCGCAGCCCCCGUCCCCACCGCCCGCCUCACGCUCCCCGCACCCCGAGAGCCCUGCGCUGGUGGAAGGUCCUCGGGGGACAGCGGGGGACAGCGAGGGGGUGACAGGGGGGCUGCCCUGGCCCCUCUGGCGCAAGCAGCGCCGAGUGGAGGAGGAUUUUGGGGACCUGCUGGAGCAGUACAAACACUUCAAGUCCUUGCCGGAGUCGCUGAGCCUGGAGCAGCUGAGCCUGGCGGAGAGCGGGUCCCAGGAGGAGGUGGAUGCACCCACCGCAGGGGACGGUGGCCCCAUCAAGGUCCCUGGCAGGACACGGUCACUCGAGGAGGGGCCCAACCUCGAGACCUUGCCCUUGCACCUCCCGGAGAGAAGAGCUGCCACGCUUUCCCCCAGAGGACCCCCAAACCUGGGGGAGACACGGGGCCACCCCUCCCCUGCCACUGCUGAGGAGCCACCAGCCUCUGCCAAGCCCCCUCUGGUGGUCCCUGGGCCACCACAGGUGCCCCUGUCCCUCCGCAGCAGCGGGACAGGCAGCGCUGCCACCCAGCACGGGUCCCACAAGGAGCAGCGCAUCGUGUCCCCGGAGACCGACAGCGGCUUCGUGGGCUCGGAGGCCAGCAGGGUGUCCCCGCCCGUGCACACCCCCGAGCAUCAUCCCCCCGGCCCGGGGACUCCGCUGGGACCCUCCGUCCCCAUCCCCAGCAGCCUCCGAACGCCUCGGAAGAGAGAAAACACCCCACUUCCCUCUGAGACAGCCCUGAUGGGCAUCUACCCCUCGGGGGGCACAGGGGGGCCCCGGCUGCCCCCCAGCAGCCCCUCACAGAGCAGCUCCCCUCCUCGCUGGGCCGAGAGCGCAGGCAGCGAGGUGGGGCCGGACCCCGACGCUGAUGGCACUCACUCGGACUCGGAGGUGGGAGACAGGAGCUGUGCCAGCGCCGGUGACCACCCCCCAGCCAUGGCUAGGAGCCCAAGCAGCCCCCUGCCAUCCCCCGAAACGCCAUCCCCCACCCUCCUGUCCCCCGACCUGUCGUCCCUCGACCCGGCUCACUGUGACCUGCUGGGCUCCCGUCUGCAGCGAGACCAGGCCAUCCGGGCGCUGCAGGACGAGGUGUGGCGGCUGCGGAGGAGGCUGGAGGAGAGCCUGCACCUCUCCCGCAGCUAUCCCGAGGGAAAAGCCGCUCCCCGAGCCACCCCGGCCAGGAGGCAGCCGGGGACCAGCGGAACAUCGUCCCCACAGGACGCAGCACCCUCGGGGGACCUGAGCCCCCCGGUGCGGGGCAGGGUGGCCCCCGGGGUCACAGCCAGGCGGAGGGAGAGAUCGGCAUCGCUGCCCCGGGACAGGCCAGAGCUGGAGCUCGGUCCAGAGCUCGGCUCCAGCGGAUCCCACGCAGCUUCCCCAUCCUCUGCCGCAGCCUCCGAGUCAGAGCCCUGCCCCGCCGGGCCCCGGGCACCCCCCGCCCUGCGGAAACACCUUGGGAAGCUCCCGGGGCCGGUGACACUUCGGGGACAGUACACAGGGACACGGUACCAGGCGGGGACACCACGCACCACCCCGGCACCCCGAGGAGAGCCGGGCACCUCAGGGUGUCCCCAGUGUCACAGGAGCAGGAUGGCAUCGGCUGAAUUUAGGGGAGGCGAUGCCCCCCGGCAGCCCCGGCACAGCACCCUGAGGAGGACGUCCUGCCCCACCUGCCAGGCACCCACGGGCCCCUCUGUGCCGGGCAGCAGGGACAGAGCCACAGCCGCAGAGCGUGGCCAUGGUGGCUCCUGUCCCUCCCACGCUGGAGAUGAGAAGCUGGAGCAACCGGGAAUUUGGUACUUGGCAGCCACCCCUGCUGCCACCACCGCCACUGUCUGCCUGGCACCCGUCCCCCUCGUGCCUUACGUGCCCUCCGUGCUCUACUGCUCCCCAGCAGUUCCUACCUCAGCCCCAGCCCUGGCCGGGGUCCCCCUCGGGGUCACUGCAGAGCGUCCCCCCCGGCCCCAGGGCCGCCCCCGCUGCCUGAGGCUGGAGCUGGAGGAGCUGGAGGAGCUGAGCCGCUCUCUGAGCCGGGCUGUGGAGGCUGCCCAGAGCGUCAGGCUGAGCACCAGCCGCGUCAGCCGGGCCCUGGCCGCCGAGCUGGGCCGGGCGCGGGGCCUGCGCGGCUCCUGCCUCUUCUGAGGGGCCCCCGGCACCUCCCAACCCCCACGAGGGACAGGAGGAGGAGGAUGGGCCCCUCAGCAUCACCCCUGCCAAAUCUGGGGACAGCAGGGCUGGAGGUGGCUCCUGGAGGUGGCUCCUGGAGGUGGCUCCUGGAGGUGGCUCCUGGAGGUGGCUCCUGGAGGUGGCUCCUGGAGGUGGCUCCUGGAGGUUGCUCCUGGAGGUGGCUCCUGGAGGUGGCUCCGAGGGCUCCUCGCCGCUCUCCCUGCACGGCUUGUCCGUCCGUCUGUCGGUUUUCCGGAGCCCCCCAAGCUUCAGGAAGGCGUGGGCAGAAGUCUCCAGCAUUCCCCAGCACCAUCCCCUGGCACCUCUGGGGUGGCCCUGUGGCCACCCCACCCUGAGCACUUCUGGGGAUGCUCUGACCUCGUGUGGGUCGAGCUCCCUUGGCAGCUGUUUUUACCUCUGUGCCUGUGUGGGCAGAAAUACCUGGGAUCCCCUGGGAUUCUCUGGGAUUUCCUGGGAUUCCCUGGGAUUCUCUGGGAUUCUCUGGGAUCCCCUGGGAUUCCCUGGGAUUCCCUGGGAUUCCCUGGUAUCCCCUGGGAUCUCCUGGGAUUCCCUAUCCCACCCCUUUCCCAGCUUUUAGGCCUCCUCAGGGGGCUGUGCCCUGUGCCCUUGGACUUGAACCCAGCAGGAUCCUCCCUGUGGAAACUUAUAUUUUUGGUGGUUUUUUAUGUGAAUUUUUUAGCUAGUAAGCAGCUAAAUCACUCUUUUGAGUGUUGAUUGAUGAUCUCUAAUGUGUGUGAUAUAUGUGUAUCUAUAAAUGGAUAUAUCUAGAUAUAAACAUAUCUCUGGUUAUAUAUCUAGAGAGACAGAUAUAAAUAGAUCUGUGUACGUACAGAUCUGUAUCUGAUUCUAUAGAUAUAUCCUUCUACAGAUACAUAUAUAUAUAAAUCUACUGGUUUGCACUUCCAGCACAACCCUUAGGGCAUUUGUGGGGUUUUUCUGGCCAUCCACAGCAUCAUCCAGGCAGAAAAUAAAAUGAAGGAUUUGAGGUUUUCCCCCCGGGAUCCUCAGGAAAUCUGGGCUGGUAAAGGAGAAGUCACCUUAGACAGAAGUGGGUGCGGGGUCUGUGGAGCCCCUGUUCCUCCCAGCUGGGUUUCUAAGGAGUUAAUGCUGAUUUUUUUGGGGAAAAGGAUGUGCUUGGGGCAGCUCUUCCUGGGAUGGGCCCAGCCAAACCCCCUGCUCCACCCCCAGCACCUCAGCCUGUGUUUAUUUGUAGGACCUACCUGAAGUGCCAGUGUCAAAUGUAUUUAUUUUUGGUUUUAUUUGGUGUACAAAUACCCACAUUUUGGAGGGAUCAGUAACUCAGGUCUGGAGCCUUCCAAGCUCCCCCUGAGCCUGAUCCUGACUUGAACCCAGAGGGGUUGGGAAUGGGGCUGUCCCCUCCUUUUUUGGGCUGGGUUUGGGGGAUUUUGAAGCGGUUUGGGGGAUUUUUAAAGAGGUUUGGGGGAUUUUAAAGAGGUUUUCUGUGUCUCCAGUUUCCUCUGCUCACACCCCAAGCUGGAAGCUGUGACUCCCCCCCAGAUGGGAACCUGUAGAAAAUUUGGGUAAUUAUCCCAAAUGCAGUAGCCAGGACCAAAUGAUGUUUUUCUUUUCCUUGUCCCCUAUUUUUUAACGCCCAGCAGAGCCACUGGGGUGGUAUUUUGUACGAAGAAAUCACCUAUUUUUGAAGGAAAUAAACGCGGUUCCAUGA